AUGAAUCUAAUUAUAACCAUUUUAACUAUUACGACCGCCCUUUCACUAAUUUUAGCAACCAUUUCUUUCUGACUCCCACAAAUAAACCCAGACGCAGAAAAGCUAUCACCAUACGAAUGCGGAUUUGACCCCCUGGGAUCUGCCCGAUUACCAUUUUCUUUACGCUUCUUCCUAGUAGCUAUUUUAUUUCUUCUCUUUGACCUAGAAAUUGCCCUUCUCCUCCCAUUGCCCUGAGGGGACCAACUUAACAAUCCUACUGGAACAUUCUUCUGAGCCACAACAGUCCUAAUCUUAUUAACCCUGGGACUAAUUUAUGAAUGAACUCAAGGUGGCUUAGAAUGAGCAGAAU